UCUUUAAACACUGCUAAGAACAUUUCUUCUCAACCUAUUGAAAAAGAAGCAAUUUCAAAAUCUCAUGGUCAACGUUCCUCAAAUAAGCUUUCUUCAUCUACAAUGCCUUAUCUUUUUUCCCCAAAAACUUUGCAAAAAUCACAACCAAUUCGUGAUGCUUCUCGAACACAAAAAUCUGUUGAAAUUUUUGAAGGAAUUGAAGGAACAUCCAAAUCUGGUGAAAAAUCAUUCUCAACAGCCAAAGAAAUUUCUACAAGAAUCAAAGUCCAAAGCCAUUCAAAAAAUUUGCCUGCAAAUAAUUUGGAAGAAUUAGAAAAUACUCCACCACCAUCAACAAGUCAGCAACAUCAACCUCGACAACGAGCAGUGGAAAAUUUAAAUAGAAAUGCUUCAAUUCGAAAUUCUCGCCGAUUGUCAUUAUCUCCAUGGAGACGGCCACAAGAAUUUACACAUGUUUUGCAGCACUGUAACAACGGCUAUAUUAUGACCUGGGAUGAGUUCCUUGAUCGCACUAAUUUUGAAUGUCUUCGUAAACUCGGUGAAGGAGAUUAUGGAGAGGUCUACGAAAUGUCCGAUUCUAAAGGGACUUAUGCUAUGAAGGUCAUUCAAGUUACCGAGGAAAAUCCGAUACCAGCCGUCUUUUCUGAAGUUUUCAUCACACGGCAUUUAUCAGAACUCAACAAUGCCGGUGAUUUCUCAACUCCUUCAUAUAUACCUCUUGUCCGUGCUAAUGUAGUCAAAGGUAUCUAUCCGGAUAUUCUUAUAAAGGCGUGGAAAAAAUACAAGAAACGAAACCCGAAGAUUGCUUUAAAUGAACAACCUACAGAGCGCAUAGACAACACCUAUGUUGUCCUAGUUAUGGCAAAUGGUGGAGUGGAUCUAGAACUAUAUUUGCAUACACCUAGAAAGGCCACCAAAAAACAACGUUUUUCAAUUUUUUACCAAGUCGCCCUUUCCCUUGCUAUAGCUGAAGAAAGAUAUAGUUUUGAGCAUCGAGAUCUACAUUACAGCAAUAUAUUAAUCAGCGAAGUUACUUCUAGAGAAAGAGAACGUCGAGAUAAAAUUUGUUAUUACUACAAUGGUGAAAAAAUUGAAGUCCGUUCUCAUGGCGUGCAUGCUUCAUUAAUUGAUUUCAACAAUUCUCGGAUGACAGAUGAUGUUACAAGACAGUCUGUUUUUGUUAAAUUUGCUGUUAAACCAUAUAAAAAAGGAGAUGAUUACCAAUUCAAAAUUUACCCAAUGAUGAAAGAACUAAAUGGAGAUGAUUGGUCAACAUUCCAUCGCAAAACAAAUCAUUAUUGGCUACAUUACCUUUAUGACAAAUUAUUCAAAGACAGACGUUUUACACUGAAAGAACGAGAAGAUUUCGAAAAGAUUUUUGGUCGUUUAGUAUUAAAGACGGAAGAAGGAGGAUUUGAAAUAACUAAAGAUUUUUUGAAUAAUGAAGAAGUUAGAGAAAUAUUUGAUAGUUACGUUUUUUGAAAAGGUUGAAGAAUUUUUUUUUUGAAUUUUUAUUUUUAGAAUUUUUUUUGAUUUUAUUGUGUGCAAAAAUGAGGUUUUAAUUUAUUCUUUUUUUGUAUAAAAAUUUUUUUGAUUCUUUGUGUUAUUUUUUUAAAUGUUUAUUCAUUGCUUAUACUUUUUUAAAAGUGUUUUUGGCUAAUUUAGAUGAUAUUCUUGUAUUUGGUGAUUUUUUCAAUGCUCUUCAAAAAAAAAGUCCGCAAGUUUUGUCCGCAAAUCGUUGCUGCUUAUUGUUAGUU